AUGGCAUCCCUCUGUCUAGGCUAUUUAUCCCUCCCCGCGUUCUAUGGCUCCCUUGGUGAUGAAUCAGUCAAAGAUCUACUCAGCCUUGGAUAUUACGCUUUUCUGGACUAUGCAGUGCGCUACUGGACAUCCCAUCUUAAAUCCAUGUUGACAAAUAGCGUUGACGAGGCGGGCGCGAUAUCAGUGAUCAAUCUUCUACAGCAAUUUUUGUCUAUGCACUACCGGAGCUCUGGAGCAAAUAUUAAAGUCCCAAACGAGACUCGUGAAGCAUUCAGAUUCCUACAGCUCCGCCAGUGGCCGAAUUUUGAACAGUUUCUGCAGGUAUCUCAUGCCACAGAUGAGCAAUUUCGCACGUUCGGGGAGUCUGCAGCGGUUAAUUAUGCUCAUUGA